GGCUGUGUGCGGAGCAGGCACUGGACUGCCGGGCUCCGUCUCUGCCGCACACAGCAGCUCUCUGCCGCAGGGGGGGAAUAGAUGAGGUGUCUUUGCAGAGCAGAACACCCACACAAGGAGCAGAGACGAGGAUGAGCUGCAGAAACUAGGUGUUUCAACUUCCUGGACCAGUCAGUGGAGUAAACUUGACAGGUCGGGCUCCCCCACCCAGCCACCUCCAAACAUCUGGGCACAUCUGGGUCUGGAGCUCCUUGCUGCUGCUUCCUGCCUGCAUUUACCACAAUGGAAUUUAAUGGCUGUUUCUCUUCUUGCAACAGCCUGCAAGAUGACAACGACCUGAAGUUCCUCCUGAAGGGCAGCCAGCUGCUGAAAGUGAAGUCAGGCUCUUGGAGAAGGGAAAGGUUUUACAAGCUCCAGGAAGACUGCAAAACCAUCUGGCAGGAAUCCAGAAAGAUGCUGAGGUCUCCAGAGUCACAGCUCUUCUCCAUUGAAGAUAUUCGGGAUGUGAGGCCUGGUCACAAAACAGAGGGGAUGGAAAAGUAUGCCCAGGAUGUCCCAGAGAAUCGCUGUUUCUCUAUCAUCUUCAAAGACCAGCGGAAAAACCUGGACCUCAUCGCCAGUUCAGAAAGCGAUGCCAACCACUGGACUGCCGGCCUGAAGAAAAUCAUAACCCACAGCAGCUCCAUGAACCAGAAGCAGAAACUCCAGCACUGGAUCCACACCUGCUUGCGGAAAGCUGAUAAGAACAAAGACAACAAGAUGAGCUUUAAAGAGCUCAAGAACUUCAUGAAGGAAGUCAACAUCCAAGUCGAUGACAGCUAUGCCAAGGAGAUCUUUCAGCAGUGUGACAAGUCUAACACAGAAGCCUUGGAAGAUGACGAGAUAGAGUCAUUUUACAAGAUCUUGACUGAGAGGAAGGAGAUUGAUAAGAUUUUCUCAAAGUACGCCAGUGAGGAAAGGACCAUGUCUUGUGACCGCCUGGUGGAGUUUCUCCAAGAAGAGCAGCAGAAAGAAGAUGCUGGCCCUGAGACUGCACUUUCCUUGAUUGAGAGAUAUGAGCCCAGUGAAGCAGCCAAGAAGCAAAUGACAAUGACCAAAGACGGUUUCCUGAUGUACCUACUGUCUUCUGAUGGGGACAUAUUCAACUCCAGUCAUGGUAAAGUGUACCAGGACAUGACCCAUCCACUGAAUCACUACUUGGUGUCAUCUUCACACAACACCUAUCUAAUGGAGGACCAGCUGAGAGGGCCAAGCAGCACAGAGGCCUAUAUCAGAGCCCUGACCAAAGGCUGCCGCUGCGUGGAGUUGGAUUGCUGGGAUGGCCCCAACUCUGAGCCUAUAAUUUAUCAUGGCUACACACUCACCUCCAAGAUCCUCUUCAGCGAUGUCAUAAAGGCCAUCAAGAACUAUGCUUUCAAAACCUCACCGUAUCCAGUGAUCAUUUCCCUGGAGAAUCACUGUAGCCUGGAGCAGCAGAAGAAGAUGGCUGAGCACAUGAAGGACAUCCUACAAGACAUGCUGCUGCUGGCACCAGUAGAUGGAAACAUAUCAAACUUCCCCUCGCCGGAGCAAUUAAAGGGGAAGAUCCUGGUGAAAGGCAAGAAGCUGAACAGGCUGGAGGACACUGUAGGGGCCAAUGGGAAUAAUAACCACGUGGAGGCUGAAUAUGUCUCUGAUGAGGAUGAAGCAGCUGAGAUGGAAGACGAAGUUGUGAAGAAAGAAAUAGAGCAAACCGAGAAGAGUGACAAGCUAACGCUGGCCAAGGAGCUGUCUGACACAGUCAUCUACUGCAGGAGCGUCCACUUCAGCGGAUUUGAGGAGAGCCGCCAGUCCCAGGCUUUCUACGAGAUGUCAUCCUUCGCUGAAAGCAAAGGCUUGAAAUUAGCACAGGAGUCAGGAACCGAUUUUAUUCAUCACAACAUCAAGUAUCUGAGCCGGAUCUAUCCUGCUGGCUGGAGAACGGAUUCUUCCAACUACAACCCAGUUGACUUCUGGAACGUGGGCUGUCAGAUUGUUGCCUUGAAUUUCCAGACCCCAGGCAACGAAAUGGACCUCUACCAGGGUAGAUUCCAGGACAAUGGCUUUUCGGGGUACGUCCUAAAGCCUGAAUUCCUUCGGGACGUGGAUACCACAUUCAAUCCAAAAUCGAUUGUGGAAGGAGCAUGGUGGACGCAGAAGAAACUGGUGGUUAAAAUCAUCUCUGGCCAGCAGCUACCCAAGGUGAACAAAGGCAAAAACUCCAUUGUGGAUCCCAGGGUCACAGUUGAGAUCUACGGGGUUCAGCAGGACAGCGACAAGAAACAAACCAGGGUCAUUGAAAACAACGGGUUUAACCCCAUGUGGGAUGAGGAGUUCGAGUUCAACAUUGACGUCCCUGCGCUCACCCUGGUCCGUUUUAUGGUGGAAGACUUUGACGUGUCAACCAAGAAUGACUUUAUUGGGCAGUAUACCCUGCCCUUCACUAGCCUACAGCAAGGCUACCGCCACAUCCAUCUCUUGAACAGAAAUGGAGACCCACAUCCAUCUGCCACGUUGUUUGUGCACAUUAGGAUUCAGGACAAUUAUUAAAUGCAGCCAAGGAGCCCAGCUUUCAAA